GCCUUCUUGCUGCUGGUGGAUCGCAUGUCUGCUGUAUCGCUGGUAAAGCAUGGUUCGUUUAAUGUUUACGAGCGUAUGUUAAUGGUUCCAGAUGCGGUUAAACAAGGUUGCAAAAGUAAGCAUAGGCUGGGCUGUCAUAACUAUCGCAGGCAUUGGUGGAUUUGUGUUUGCGAAGAAUCUUAUUGACAAGCAGCGUUAUGAAGCUAUGAAAGUGCGGGAACGUAUGAAAGCAGCACCAAGGGGACCAUUGUAGCCUGAGGUCGAGGUCAGCUCGCAACCUUCGUACGCCGUUACUUCAGGAAGAUAACGCAAUGACGGCCAACAUUCAGUUAGACCCUUCCAAGCUUCAGCUUGUAGCUGAUCUCGAAAUUGAAAUGAUGUCAGACAUGUACAACCGCAUGACGGCUGCUUGCCAAAAGAAGUGCAUCCCUACAAAGUACCGCGAAGCGGACCUCUCCAAGGGCGAGAGUGUGUGCCUGGACAGGUGCGUGGCCAAGUAUCUGGACAUUCAUGAGCGGAUUGGCAAGAAGCUCACCACGCUGUCCAUGCAGGACGAAGAGCUCAUGAAGAAGAUGCAGGAGCAACAGUCCGCCGCCCAAACGCAUGCCAAGUAGCCGUAGAUAUGUUCUAAUUCUUGCGUAUGAUAGAGUAGAUUUUGCCCGCUUAUUGCUGUUAAUUAAAGCUUAUGUGGUGCACACUCUA